CCCCUUGAGCCGCUGCCGCUUCUGCGCCGCUGCGAGGAGCCAUGGCCGCUGCAGCCGUCCGCGGAGGGCUUUGCGGGGCGAAGCUGGCGCGGCUCGUCCUGGGCAGCCGGACUGCUUCGACCGGCAACCCCGCAGCCCCAACGCCCGAUGGGCAGCGCCAGCAGGAGCAGCAAGGGAAGCUCACCCGCGUGUGGCAGAGCGAAGGCAUCAGGAAUAUUGUCCUGAGCAACCCUGGGAAAAGGAAUGCGCUCUCCCUCUCCAUGCUGAAGUCCCUCCGUCGGGAUAUUUUGCACGAUAUUGACAGCACGGAUUUGCGCGUCAUUAUCAUUUCAGCUGAAGGUCCUGUGUUCUCCUCUGGACAUGACUUGAAGGAACUGACUCCAAAGGAAGACCCAAAGCAGCACAUGGACAUCUUUAAAACCUGUUCAGAGGUCAUGACGUUGCUUCCGAAACUGCCCGUCCCCGUGAUUGCCAAAGUGAAUGGCCUUGCCACAGCCGCCGGUUGCCAGCUGGUGGCCAGCUGUGACAUUGCCGUGGCCAGCGAGAAGUCCAAGUUUGCCACCCCUGGAGUGAACGUGGGUCUCUUCUGUUCAACGCCCGCAGUAGCCAUUGGAAGAUCCCUGCCUAAAAAGGUGGCACUGGAGAUCCUCUUCACCGGAGUGCCCAUGACAGCUCAGGAUGCCCUUCUCCACGGACUCAUCAGCCGAGUUGUACCUGAGGACCAGCUGGAAAGCGAGACCCUGAAAAUUGCCCGAAAGAUUUGCCAAAGCAGCCGGGCUGUGUUAGCUCUGGGGAAGGCCACUUUUUACAAACAGAUGGAACACGAUAUUAGCACGGCCUACCAGAUAGCUUCACAGGUCAUGGUGGAGAACCUGGCUCUGAAGGAUGGACAGGAAGGGAUUGAGGCCUUCGUUUCUAAACGCAAACCCAACUGGUUCCAUUCUUGAAAGAAAUAUUUCCAAGGAACAUCUAGGCCAGGGGUCUGCAAACUUGGCUCUUUUAAGACUUGUGGACUUCAACUUCCAGAGUUCCUCAGCCAGCAAAGCUUGUGGACAGCAAAGCUGUCUGAGGAACUCUUGGGAGUUGAAGUCCACAAGUCUUAAAAGAGCCAAGUUUGCAGACCCCUGAUCUAGGCCAGUGUUUCUCAACCUUGACAACUUGAAGAUGUGUGGAUUUCAUGCUGGCUGGGGAAUUCUGGGAAUUGAAGUCCACACAUCUUCACGUUGCCAUGGUUGAGAAGCAGUGGGUGGUAUUCAGAUGGUUCGGACCGGUUCAGGAGAACCGGUAGUGGUGACCUGUAGGUGGGUCCACCCAUCCACCCACCCACCAUGGCGCUAUACCAUCCUAUUUAGCUACAUUUGCUAAGCCGCGCACAUGCGUGCAAGCCAGGCGUGCGAGCAAAGCACAUGCACAGAAGGCCAGGUACCUGUGUGGAAGGCAAACGUGCACAUUUUCGUGUGCGGUGAACUGGUGAUAAAAUUAUCUGAAACCCACCUCUUGUUGAGAAGCAUUGAUUUAAGAGCUUUAAGGGCCCUUUAUUUGGUCAAUACAAUCAGUUUUGGAUUUCCCAAACCUGCUUUGAAAAUCCUAGGACUUUCAGCUUGCUUUAAGGGAUCCGCCUACGAAUAUUGAUUUAAAAAGCGUCUUGCACUCUUGUCUGUCCUAAUCAUUUCUUUCAGGCACUCUGAUUUGUGAAAUAAAAGUGGCCUUUGUAUUUCCACAACGCUGUUAAAUGGCUGCAUUGUAGGUGCUGUUUGCAUAAGGUAUAGAUAAAGGUUCCCCUCGCAGAUAUGUGCUAGUCGUUCCCGACUUUUGGGGGCGGUGCUCAUCUCCGUUUCAAAGCCGAAGAGCCAACGCUGUCCGAAGACAUCUCCGUGGUCAUGUGGCCGGCAUGACUCAACGCCAAAGGCGCACAGAACGCUAUUACCUUCCCACCAAAGGUGGUCCCUAUUUUUCUACUUGCAUUUUUUACCUGCUUUCGAACUGCUAGGUUGGCAGAAGCUGGGACAAGUAAUGGGAGCUCACCCCGUUAUGCGGCACUAGGGAUUCGAACCGCUAAAUUGCUGACCUUUCGAUCGACAAGCUCAGCAUCUUACACACUAAGCCACCGGGUCCCUAUGCUGUUUGUAUACAACAUGCUAAACUGAGUUAGCAUGAUUUGGUUAUUUUCUUCUCUUUGGGUGGAAUGUGUGAAUCCAGACCAUUGGGUUAAUAUAUGAUUUAAGGCAGGAGUGAAAUCCAGCAGUUUCAACAGGUUCUGGCGAACCGGUAGCAGAAAUUUUGAGUAGUUUGGAGAACCGGCAAAUACCACCUCUGGCUGGCCCCAGAGUGGGUGGGAAUGGAGAUUUUGCAAUAUCCUUCCCCUGCUAUGCCCACCAAGCUACGCCCACAGAACCGGUAGGGGAAAAUUUUGAAUUUCACCCGAUUUAAGGCAGUAGGUUUUUUUCCCCCAAAACUUGGCAACUUGGUGUAGACUUUGUGUAGAUUUGGCAAAAUGUGUGGACUUCAAUUCCCAGAAUACCCCAACCAGCACGCUAGGAGUUGAAAUCCUCACAUUUUAAAGUUGCCAAGUUUGAAAAACACUGCUUUAGGUUAUCUUGUGAAUCCUGAACACGGAUUAAUACAGUAAGUAGAUUAGGUAUGUUGUACAAAUCCACACACUAUAUUGGAUGGUUAAAAAGAGCAGAGAUGCAUGGUUGCCGAAAUUACAAAGUCUACGUGUACUACUAUGUGGAUAUGAAUUUAAUAGUUGCACGUUAUUUCAAUUAUAACAGAUUGUGAUUACCGGUGUGAAGCCAUUGUUUUGCCUAAUCACAGUUUACUAAAUAAUCCACCAUAUCUGAAUAGACUAGUAUAUUAAACCAAAAUCUGGGCAAACAUAUAUUGGCUUAAUUUAAUUUCUCCAGUAUUUUAGGCUUAUAAAUUGUGAUUUCCUUGGUUUAUGACUUCAGAUGUCAGGCGCGAAGAAUCAGGAUCUUUCUUGUGGGUUAUGCCAAGCGCCUGGGAAAUCUGAAGAUUCAGGCUGCUCAAAUAGGUAUAAAGAUUUAUUGCAACCUGAAGCUCUCUACAAGAAUCUGAACUACUGACGUUCAAAGCAAUUUGGCGAUAGAUAAAGAAUUCACGGUAGGCUGGACUUAGAUCUCUUGUGGGCGCGCAGGUACUCAUGACUUAUGACGUGUUUGACGCCCCCCUCGCUGGUUAUUUCCUACAGCAGAGGUGUCAAACUGGAUGUCAAGGUUCCAGAAAAACCUCCUCUGCAUAAAAAAAACUCAGAAGCCAUUGUCUUUCAAAGUUUUUUACUAGCCUAAGGAAACUGGCACACGAUGAGUGAAAUUCCAAAACUGAAACUUCCGGAUUCUUUUCCCAGUUAUACAAACCCCAAGAGUCCCACCGCCCUAACCCC